AUGUUUCAAAUCGGUGUUCACCAUUUCCAAUCAACAAACUGCCCACACUAUCUGUGUUUUUCGGUGGUGAAGCAGAAGUUAUUCACGCUGGAUUUUCAAUUUGACGAGCACGGUGUGAUGCGCGCGCCGGCGGCCAACGGCGCCGUGUCGCCCAGCGCUGUGACCCGCUGGUCGCAGGUGACCCACGCGCCCCUCACGGACUACACGGGGAAGGCCCCGCCGCUGCACGCCUACCCCGUCUUCCCCUACGACGACGCUAUCAACAACCGAUUCGCUAUAUGGCAAGGCGACAUAUCGACGCUGGAAGUGGACGCGAUAACUAACACGAGCGACGAAACGUUGACAGAAUGCAACGCAGUCAGCGAACGCAUCAUGUCCGCAGCGGGGCCUGACCUGAAGGAGGAAAUUAUCACAAGAGCACACGAAUGUCGGACGGGUGAAGUGGUAGUGACAGGUGGUUACGCCCUGCACUGUCGCCAUCUCAUUCACACAGUCAGUCCCAAAUAUCUCGCCAAGUACCACACGGCGGCGGAGAGCUCUCUGCAUAAUUGUUACAAAAACGUACUAUAUAAGGUGGGCGAGUUAGGUGCACGUUCGUUGGCGCUUUGCGUUGUCAACACUCCACGGAGAAACUUCCCGCCAGAUGUCGCGGCACACGUCGCUCUACGUACAAUCCGACGCUACCUAGAACAGAACUCCGCUCCGCAUCUGGUGAUACUGACGAGCUCUUGUGGGGCAGAAUUGGCACCGUUUAUUGCACUAGCGGCGCUGUACUUCCCUCGUAGUACUCGCGAAGCAGAGGCAGCUAGGUGGGUGGUGAGAGAAGCUGGCGGUGCUGGUGGAGAACCUCUGCACCCAGAGAGGAGGAUACGCAUCAUACAUAAUCCUCAUUCGCAUACGACGCUGACGGACGACGACACAUUAUGCGACGACGAAUUAGCAGCGGAAGCGGCUGCAGCGUUCGCCCGCGCGUGCUCCCCGGACACGCAGAGGCUGCUGCCGGCGCCGAACACGCCGCAACCGCACGCCAGGCGCCGUAUACUCGACUCCGAGCAAUAUGAACGCCUCCUGCGGCGCGCGCGCACUGAAGACUUGAGCGAAAUCUCCGGCAUCGGUUGCCUCUACCAGAGUGGAGUUGACCGCCUCGGCAGACCAGUCGUCGUCUUCAUCGGCAAAUGGUUUCCUAUCGCCGAUAUUGAUUUAGAUAAGGCUUUAUUGUAUCUGAUCAAACUUCUGGAUCCACUCGUCCGCGGCGAUUACGUGAUCGCUUACUUCCACACCCUCGCGUCGUCUGCCAAUCAUCCACCUUUCUCUUGGCUAAAAGAAGUUUACACCGUGCUGCCUUACAAAUACAAGAAAAACCUGAAAGCUUUCUACAUUGUACACCCCACAUUCUGGACAAAGAUGAUGACGUGGUGGUUCACGACGUUCAUGGCGCCGGCUAUCAAGGCAAAGGUGCACAACCUGCCGGGAGUGGAGUACCUGUACAGCGUGAUGCAGCCCCAUCAGCUCGACGUGCCGGCUUUCGUCACGGAAUACGACAUGACGAUAAACGGCAUCCAUUACUUCCAGCCGGACUCAAAUAACACGUAA